UAAUCUCUUUUAUUGCGAGAUUAUUAUUCACUGAUACUCAAAAUCUUUGAUUAUUAUUCGGUUACAUUUUUCUUGUUCUUCAAUUAAUUUUUUGUUUAGAUAUUUGUGGUUUUUGAUUUUUCUCCCCUGAAUUGUAAGGGAACUUGUUGCUACAAGAUGGGGAGAAUGGUGGAGCAGAUUGCUGUGGUGGCUGUAAUUGUGAUGGUUUUGUCGGAAAUAAUGGGAGGAGUGGUUGGACUGAGAAUUAUGCUGGAGAAACAGGAGUGCCUGUCACAUAAAGCUGAACAUGGAGCUACUGUUCGCGCUUCUUUCGUCGUUGUUAAGGUUCAUGGAUGGCGGCAGUCCAUGAGUUCUGGCGCUGAUCUUGUUGUUACAGGGCCAGCUGGUGAGCAGAUUCGUGAUUUCCGUGACAAGACGAGCGAGAUGUUUGAGUUUGUGGCUAAUAAAGAAGGAGUCUACCGCUUCUGCUUCACUAACAAGUCGCCUUUUUACGAGACCAUAGACUUUGAUGUCCAUUCAAGUUAUUUCUUUCAUUUUGAUCAGGAGCACGCAAAAGAUGAGCAUUUCAAGCCUCUCUUGGAAUCAAUAGCUAAGUUACAAGAUGCUUUGUACAACGUUCAAUAUGAACAGCAUUGGCUAUGGGCUCAGACUAGUCGCCAGGCCAUAGUGAACGAGAAAAUGGGCAAGAGAGCAAUCUACAAAGCCGUCUUCGAAUCAGCAGCUCUUGUCAGUGCCAGCGGUCUCCAAGUUUAUCUUCUACGUCGUCUUUUCAAAAGGAGGCUGGAAAUGUCCGGUUUCUAACAUUUCAUGUUCUCUUGUAAGUUAUAAAACAAAGUUAUAGGCAGAGGAAUGAAACAUACAUAUGUGGUGAUGACAUAAUUGAAAUUGUCGCUUCUCUAGUCCUCUGGGGAAUUACAUUCACCUCCGGCAUCCCUGCAUUCUCUGCAUUAGUUUCAUAAUAAAUUAUUAUUGAGCGAUA